CGUUAAGAAACCUCGUGUUAACAUUCUGAAUCUUUCCGUAAAGGAACUUUUUUUAAAUUAAAAUUGUACGGAGUACGGACUGUGUACAACUGUAACACAUAAGAGAAUGUUCACAACCUUAGUUUUUGCAAUUUGUGUGCUCCUGAGUUGGGUGGCUGCUCAAAUGUUUAUACCACAGCCAUACAACGCACAAUCGUUCGACUCGGAUCCUAAGAUGAGGACUAUUAACAGUGGCCAAGAAACCGGUACAUUCUUUUCGCACCCGGGCUUUUCUAGCAAACCGCGACAGCCGUACGUCGCCGGAACAAAGAAGCGAUUUAUUAUUGCUUUGCCCACGUAUUGUCGCGCCCUGCUGUCUCUGGACAUGACCAACACCAGCAAUUUCAACAUUCGUGAUUAUGAUUUUGGAGUGAUGUUCGACGGGAAACUGGCUCAGAAUCUGGGGACGUCCAUGUGCGACCUCAGUAAUUAUGUUAAACUCCAGCAAAAGGGCAUUAAUUACCAAUCGGUGACCACGUCCGACAUGUCAGCAAGCCGAAUCUAUUUAAGCAGCACCAAUGUGGCGGUGUUUGACUUCUGCGUUGACCCGUACAACAGGGAUAUCGACAUGACGCGCAGAUUGGGAUUCUCCAUCAACUGGAGCUGCAUUCGCACUCCGGCGACUCCAACAACAGCACAAACGACAACCACGACGCCUGUUAACACUGUUGAUUGUGGUAUUCCGAUGGGCUCAGGCAAUGGACCGGCUUCCGUGUUCCAGCGCAUUGUCGGCGGCGUGCCGGUCGCGCCCCUCUCCUGGCCGUGGGCGGUUGCUUUGGUUACAGGAGGACAACAUUUUUGCGGCGCUAGUGUGUUAAACAACCAGUGGGUCGUUACAGCCGCACAGUGCAUUGAUCCCAGUACUGAAACACAAUUCAAGCAAUUCGUACAGGUCUAUUACGGCAACCAAAACUUGUCGAAGAUUCCUGACAGCCAGAAAGUCACCGUCGCCCGCGCUAUCAUGCAUCCAAAUUACAAUAUAAACAACUUGAACAAUGAUGUUGCACUGAUUAAAUUAACUGCGCCCAUUCCGAAUUUCCCUAACCCCAUGGUAUCGCCUAUCUGUCUGCCAAGUCAGCCAAUCGGGACUUUCAAAGCGCAGUCAUCUAGUACCAAAGGUCGCCCAUAUGCGUAUGUGGCCGGCUGGGGGACUCUGCACGAGGGACAAUAUGGAGGCGAUGCAACGAUUGGAUUAGGCAGUGACCAGCUCCAGCAAAUCAGUAUAGAAGUAUUUAACAACAGUGAAUGUCAGGCGGCUUACCCCUCUUGGCGAUUGCCAGACACUUCGAUUUGUGGAGGUUUGGAUCAAGGUGGACGGGACGCUUGUCAAGGAGAUUCCGGAGGACCCCUAGUGAUGGCCGAGCCACCCAGUUACAACAGAUACUCGCUGUACGGAAUUGUAUCGUCCGGUCGGGGUUGCGCGAAUCCCGGCACGCCGGGACUGUACUCCGAUGUUUUCAAAGUGAAAAAAUGGAUAAUGGACACAAUGGCCGCAAAUUAGUAAAUUUUUUGAAAACUAGUCGAAGGACUGCCCGAGACUUCUACAGAGCCUUGCGUUAAACUACAUGUUCGCUAAACCAUAUCUGUAACUGUCCUGUGGAGCGCUGUCUGUUUCCGAUAACGUGCGUUUGAAAUACGUCUUUUUCGGUUUCUCGCACCAGAUGAAACUUCCUACUGUGAAUUCUGUUACAUUUUUUUAUCAUCCUAACUCAUUAGUAUGCGCAUUUUUUUCAUAGCAUGUAAAAUUCAGCCUUCAUAUUAUUUUUAAAACAAAAUUAUCAGCAA